UUUCAAAUCAGUACGUUGUUGCUUUUAACACGGUCAACAUGGAUCGAGAGGUUAUGGGAAAAAUUGUCGCUGUAACAGGCUCAGCGGAGGGCUUAGGACUAGCUAUGGUGAAUAGCUUUCUGGAACAAGGAGCGAAAUUAGCGAUCCUCCUCGAUUUAAAUGAAGAGAAAGGAAAAGAAUCAUUGAAAACUUUGAAAGAGAAAUACGGAGACGAUAGAGCGGUUUUUUACAAAUGCAAUGUUUUAAGUGAUUUGAAUGAAGUAUAUGAAAAAAUUAUAAAUAAUCAUAAAUAUGUUGAUAUCCUUGUCAACAACGCUGGUGUUCUAGAUGAGAAAAACAUUAAGAAAACGAUGAAUAUAAAUGCAAUAGCCGUGAUGGAGUGGACGAUGAAGUUUUACGAGAACAUGAGAUUAGACAAAGGUGGUCGAGGUGGUACCAUCAUAAACGUGUCUUCGGUAUUCGGUUACAGGAUAACAGCCUACAUACCAUUCUAUCACGCUUCAAAGUACGCGGUACUCGGAUUCUCGAAAUCCUUAGGUCAUGAGACCAACUUCAAAAAAGGGGGCGUUCGUGUGAUUACGCUGUGUCCAGGACUAACAUUUACAAGUAUGGCUAACAAUCCAAAUGUAUGGGAGGAUGAAACGUUAGACGUAUUCCUUGAAGACGUGAAAUCUUAUGAUUGGCAGCAUCCUAAAGAUAUCGGUGAUGGUACGGUAGAAAUAUUCAGAAAAGCUGAUAGUGGUACUGCCUGGCUUGUGGAAGGUUCUAGACCGGCUGAAAAGAUAGACAUUUAAGUAUAAACAGUGAAGUUAGAUAUUCAGACACGAUUUUUAAGAGUUUUUAUACGUAUUAUGUAUAUGUGUGUUUUUCAAUUAGUUUAUUUUGAAAUCAAGUGAGUCUUAUGUUUAUUAAAUAUAACGUUUUUAUCGU